AUGGCGAUUCCAUUACUGCUUUCAACUUCGCACCUUCUUCUCCUCGCCGGCGCCACCGUCGCCCUCAUUAUUCCGGCGGUCGCCGGCGGCGAUAACACCAGAUUACUCCAAGCUUUCAGAGAUUUGUUCCUACCAGGCAAAAUUUCUGUAUCCUAUCGAUCUGAUUGCCACAUUCAUCCAUGUAAUUGGAAAGGAAUCAAAUGCAACGGCUCCGACGUGACGGAGAUAAAUUUAUCGUGCUCGGAGUCGCGGCGGAGCCUCCCGUUCCCGAAGCUGAUCGGAGAAUUUAAAAAGCUCAGAAUUCUCAAUCUCAGCCGCUGCGCCUUCGCCGGAGAGAUUGCUCCGGCGGUUUACGAAUUGGAGGACUUGGAAGUUAUCGACCUGAGCCAUAACCUACUGACCGGAAACCUAAUUCCGGCGAUCGGAAAAUUAAGAAAUCUCAAACGUCUCAUCCUCGACAGCAACAAUCUGUCGGGAUUUCUGCCGCCAACGAUCGGAAAUCUGACGGAGAUCAUAGAGCUUUCGAUCUGUUCAAAUUCGUUCUACGGAAGUCUGCCGGAGGAGCUCGGAAAGCUGCGGCAAGUUAAGUCUAUCGACCUCCAUGACAACUUCUUCUCCGGCAGUUUGCCGCCAGCGAUCGGAAAUCUAUCGACUCUUAUUUACUUCUCUGCUAGCUACAACAUAUUCAGCGGCGAGCUCUGUUCCGAAAUCGGAGGACUAACUGCCAUCAAUGUUCUAGAUCUUUCUUCGAAUUCAUUCACCGGCGCCGCACCGUUCAGCAUCGGGAGUUUGAGAAAUCUCGAGAUACUUAAUCUUCAAAACUGCCUGUUUACUGGAAAAAUCCCCGAAGAGAUUGCAAUGUUGUCGAACUUGUGGAAUUUAAAUCUCGCGCGGAACGAUUUUUCCGGCGAAUUGCCUUCGAGUAUCGGAAGAAUGUCGAGUUUAGCUUAUUUUGUAGCUUCGAGCUCCGGUGUCAAUGGAGGAAUCCCGCCGGAGCUCGGGAACUGUACAAAUCUCCGGAUUCUCGACCUUUCUUACAAUGCGCUGACAGGUCCGUUGCCGGACAGUCUAUCGGGAUUACAUCUGAUUAACGCAGUUAUACUGAGCGAUAAUCAUUUGUCGGGGUCGAUUCCUGUCUGGAUUUCGAAAUGGAAGCGAGUUCAAAGCAUUGUGUUGUCGAAGAAUCGUUUCAACGGAACAUUACCGUUGCUCGAUCUGCCGGCGUUGUCUGUUUUGGACAUCGGCGACAAUUGGAUUUCCGGGGAUCUGUCUCCGAGCAUAUGCAAUGCCGCAUCGUUGUCUGUUCUUUUGAUGUCGCAAAACAACUUUUCAGGCAGCUUGACCAGCGUGUUCGAGGAUUGUCGCAACCUUACGAGUCUGAUCUUGUCUGAAAACAACGUGUUCGGUGAGUUACCGAGCUAUCUCAGCGAUCUUCGUCUCGUGAACUUGGAAUUGUCCGGUAAUAACCUGUCCGGGCGAGUCCCCGAUCGCUUAUGGGAAUCGAAAACGCUGAUGGGGAUCUCGUUGAACGGCAAUAUGUUUGAAGGAUUAUUGUCCGAUGCGAUUGGAAAUCUUUCGACUCUCACUAGAUUGCAAAUGGAUAACAAUAUGUUCGAAGGAAGAAUCCCCGCGGCCAUCGGGAAACUUAAGAAUUUAGCAAAUUUGUCGCUGCGAGGUAAUAAACUUACCGGCGAUAUCCCUCUCGAGCUCUUCGACUGCACGAGCCUCGUGUCGCUGAACUUGGGCGAGAACAGGUUGACGGGUCGAAUUCCGGGAUCGAUAUCCAAGUUGAGUUUGCUCGACAACUUGGUUCUUUCGGACAACCUUAUCACCGGACCAAUUCCGCCGGAGAUAUGCUCCGGUUUUCAGAAGGCGCCUUUGCCGGACUCCGAAUUUGUGCAACACUACGGCAUGCUCGAUCUUUCAAACAAUGAGUUCGAAGGCUCGAUUCCUCGCACAAUUGGCUAUUGCAAAGUUGUGCAAGAGAUCUUGUUGAAGGGGAACAAGCUCGACGGGAAUAUUCCUGAGGAGAUAUCUCUACUAUCUAAUCUAACGCUACUCGACUUGUCGUAUAAUGCGCUAUCGGGCUCCAUUGUUCCAUCAUUAUUCUCGAUGGCAAAUCUUCAAGGCCUCGUACUUGCACACAAUCGACUAACGGGCUCGAUUCUGGGCAACUUUUCAUCAAGUUUAGCGAAGAUUGAUCUUUCGUUCAAUGGAUUAACCGGUACGGUGCCACGAUCGUUGUUUAGGGUUAAAAGCUUGACAUAUUUCGACGUGAGCUCGAAUGCAUUGUCCGGUACUUUUGUCAUCGGGUUUAAAAGUAGUUCGCUCUUAGUAUUGAAUGCGAGCAACAACCGGAUCUUCGGCGCGCUAGAUGAUUUGGUGUCGAAUCUUGUAUCUAUAUCCACUUUGGACCUCCACAACAACAUUUUCGCCGGGAGUGUACCGGUGUCCUUAGCCAAACUCCCCGCCUUGACGUAUCUUGACCUAUCUGGAAAUGCAUUCGGAUACAUGUUCCCUUGUAACGUUUGCUCGAUACCGGGGCUAGUAUACUCGAAUUUCUCGGGCAACAACUUCUCGGGACAAUUAAUACAAUCUUGUGAGGAUGGAAAGCGUCGAUGCGAAUCGAUCGCUACUCGGAGCAACAAUCCUUCUCGCUUGAUUCUAUCUCGUGCUUCGGUAUUCGGUUUUGCCAUCGGGGGAGGCGUGGUCUUUCUAGCAUGCCUCGUCGUGUUUUUGAAAUGGAUAGUUAAAAAUCAGGCUCUGAUACCAGUUGACGAGGAUAAAAAUAACCUUUUCACUCAGACGGAUCAUUUUCCGAGUGAUGGCAUUUCGAAGAAGAAAGUAAAAGAGCCCCCGAGCAUCAACGUUGCGAUGUUUGAGCGCUCGUUGACAAAGAUCAAUCCAAAAGAUAUCUUAUCCACCACGGAGAAUUUCAACCCGAGCUACAUUAUCGGUGACGGUGGUUUUGGCACCGUAUAUCGAGCAUUCCUCCCCGGCGGAAGGAAACUCGCCGUCAAGAGGCUCGACGGAGGUCAUACUCACGGCGAGCGCGAGUUCAUCGCGGAACUCGAGACCAUCGGAAAAGUAAAGCAUAGGAACUUAGUACCGUUGCUCGGGUAUUGCGUUCACGGCGACGAGAGGUUCUUGAUCUACGAAUACAUGGAGAACGGUAGCCUCGACUUUUGGCUAAGGAGACGAGAUAAAAACGCGUCGACAAUGCUCGAUUGGCCUACGCGGUUCCAAAUUUGCCUAGGCUCGGCCCGGGGGCUCGCGUUCUUGCACUACGGAUUCGUCCCCCACAUCAUCCACCGCGACAUAAAGUCGAGCAACAUAUUGCUAGACAAGAACUUCGAGCCACGGGUAUCGGACUUCGGCCUAGCUCGGAUCGUAAGCGCGUGCGAGAGCCACGUGUCGACGAUGCUCGCCGGAACUUUAGGGUACAUACCGCCGGAGUACGGGCAAGCGAUGGUGGCGACGGCGAAGGGGGACGUGUAUAGCUUCGGGGUCGUGAUGAUGGAGCUCGUGACGGGACGGGCCGCAACGGGGCAAGCGGAUGUGGAGGGCGGGAACCUUGUGGGGUGGGUGAGGUGGAUGGCGGCGGCGGGGCGGGAGGCGGAAGUGGUGGAGGCGCCGUGUACGAGUUUUCCGGCGUGGAAGGAUCAAAUGCUGGCGGUGCUUUCGAUAGCGAAGAUGUGCACAAACGAUGAGGCGUGGAGGAGGCCGACGAUGCUCGAGGUUGUUCGGCUGCUAAAGAAGGCCAAAGCUAUAGUCACCCUUUAA